AUGACAGCAUUUCGGCGGCAAGUAGAUGAACGUAAUCCGUUGAUACCAGGAUACACAGGAUACAUCCCUCUCAGAUUCUAUCGUGUUGGAACUAGCUUUGGAAAUGAUUCCGUGUGGUGUGUUAACACUUUUCGUGAUAUUACAGACAGAAAGGGUGACCAGGUAGCUGAUCUGAGGCACACAGCAGCCACCGCGCCACAGCUACCACCUCUUUGCGCUAAUGAAGAAGUAUUAAAUGUACUUGAUGACUAUAAUUACAAACAUCAUCCCUAUGUGCUGGGAACUGUGGAGACGAGAAGAAGCCUACUUGAACCACCCAUUCCAGGCUGGACGGGCUUUGUGCCUAGAUCCAAGGUCACAGAGUUUGGUCAUGGAGUACGCUAUCACGUGAUGGCAGAAAACUGCUAUCAAGAUUUUAAGAACUCAUUGGAGAGAGGCAAACAAGAUCCUGCUGGGAAAGAUCCAAUGAAAGAAGUGCCUAUAACCAAAGGAUCACACCCACACCAGAGAUUCUAUAGGCCUGAAGGAAUGAUGCCCAAAUACACUGGCCAUAUUCCACAUGAACGCUCUGGCCUUGGAAAGACAUUUGGAAAUGUAAGCAGAAGUUGCUCUGUAUGCAGCCAUCCAGAUGUGAGCUAUGGGGUUUAUCUUGCUAAGAAGCGCAAAGCAGAAAAAGUUCCAGAGCAAAUCAAAGAAGACAAGAAAGCCUUAAUUGCAUAA